AUGACUGGGGAAUUGAUCGAUGGUAAAGCGGUUGCCACCUCCAUUAGAGAAGAGAUCGCUAAAGAAAUCAAGGUCCUACAAAAUGAUACUCCAGAUUUUAAGCCAACUUUGGCCAUUAUCCAAGUUGGUAAACGUGAAGACUCUAACACAUACGUGCGUAUGAAACGUAGAGCUGCUGUUGAAGCUAAUAUCGAUGCUCAGUUUAUUCAUUUCGAUGAUGCAGAUUCUGUGACAGAACAUGAAUUAUUGGAUAAAAUUGCAUCCUUAAACGCAGACCCAUCCGUUCACGGUAUUAUUGUCCAAUUGCCACUUCCUGCUUCAUUAGACGAAGAUAAAAUCACUUCUGCUGUGUUGGCUACUAAGGAUGUAGAUGGGUUUGGUCCAUUUAACAUUGGUGAAUUAAAUAAACGUAAUGGUCGCCCACAUUUCUUGCCAUGUACUCCAAAGGGUAUCAUUGAAUUAUUGAACCGUUACAGCAUUCAAAUGCAAGGUGCUAACAGUGUUGUCAUUGGUAGAUCUGAUAUUGUUGGUGGUCCAGUUGCGGAACUGUUGAAGUCUGGUAAUUCUACUGUUACCGUUUUACACUCUUACAGUCAAGAUAUUCCAAAAUAUUUGAAGGAUGCCGAUAUCGUUAUUGUCGCCAUUGGUAAGCCCGGUUUCGUUAAAGGAGAAUGGUUCGAAGGGAAUAAGAAGAGUUGUGUUGUUAUUGAUGUUGGUACUAAUUAUGUUGAGGACAAGACAAGAAAAUCAGGAAUGAGAUGUGUUGGCGAUGUCGAAUUUGAAGAAGUAAAGAAACAUGUUAAGUUGAUUACUCCAGUUCCAGGUGGUGUAGGCCCAAUGACGGUUGCAAUGUUGAUGCAAAACACGUUAAUUGCUGCUAAGAAAACCUUGAAGACAGACGGUCCAAUCUUUGAAACUUUACCUCUGGUCCUUGAGACUCCAGUUCCAUCUGAUUAUGAAAUCUCUAGAAAACAAAAGCCAAAGGAAAUUACUCAAAUUGCUCAGGAGGCAGGUUUAUUACCAUCUGAGUUUGAACCUUAUGGUUCCACAAAGGGUAAAAUUAAACUUGAUAUUCUAGAGCGUUUAAAGAAUAAGACCAAUGGUAAAUAUAUCCUUGUGACAGGUAUUACCCCAACUCCAUUGGGUGAAGGUAAAUCUACGACUACUGUCGGUUUAGCUCAAGCCCUUGGUGCUCAUCUGAACAAAAAAGUUUACGCCAACGUCAGACAACCUUCCAUGGGUCCAACAUUUGGUAUUAAAGGUGGUGCCGCUGGUGGUGGUUAUUCUCAAGUAAUUCCUAUGGACGAAUUUAAUUUACAUGUGACUGGUGAUAUACAUGCUAUUUCAAUGGCUAACAAUCUAUUAGCAGCUGCUAUUGACACUAGAAUGUUCCAUGAAUCUACUCAAAAGGAUGCUCCAUUGUAUAGACGUUUAGUGCCUGCUGCAAAGGAUGGUUCAAGAAAAUUUACUAAAUCAAUGUUGAGAAGAUUAGAGAAAUUAGGGAUUAAUAAAACCGAUCCAAAUGAAUUAUCCGAAGAAGAAAUAAACAAAUUUGCUCGUUUAAAUAUUGACCCCGAAACAAUUACCUGGAGGAGAGUUGUUGAUUGUAAUGACAGAUUCCUGAGAGGUAUUACCAUUGGUGAAGCACCAACUGAACGUGGUUUUACUAGAAAGACAGGAUUUGAUAUAUCUGUUGCUUCUGAAUGUAUGGCCAUUCUUGCGCUUUGUAACUCAUUGCAAGACAUGAGAGAACGUCUAGGGAAGAUUGUUGUCGGUGCUAACAAAGAAACUUCUGAACCAGUUACAUGUGAAGAUAUUGGUUGUGCGGGUGCUAUGACUGCUUUGUUGAAGGAUGCCAUCAAACCAAAUGUUAUGCAAACUUUAGAGGGUACCCCAGUCUUAGUUCAUGCAGGUCCGUUUGCUAAUAUAUCUAUUGGUGCCAGUUCUGUACUUGCUGAUAAGAUUGCUUUGAAAUUGACUGGUACUAACCCUGAUGCAUCAAAGGAAGCUCAAGAGAAGAAUGUUGGCUACGUGAUAACUGAGGCAGGUUUCGAUUUUACUAUGGGUGGUGAAAGAUUUAUCAAUAUUAAGUGUCGUUCAUCUGGCUUAGUACCAGAUGUUGUCAUCAUUGUUGCCACUGUUAGAGCUUUGAAAGUUCAUGGUGGUGGUCCAGAAGUUAAAGCAGGCACUCCAUUACCAAAGGAAUACACUGUUGAAAACUUGGAUUUACUGAGAAAAGGUUGUGCUAACUUGGCUAAACAUAUUGAAAAUGCUAGACAAUAUAACUUACCUGUAGUGGUUGCUAUUAACAAGAUGUCAUCUGAUUCCGAAAAAGAACAUGAAAUUAUCAAAGAAGAAUCCUUGAGAGCAGGUGCUAGCGAUGCUAUUGUCUCUAACCAUUGGGAAGAAGGUGGCAAAGGUGCUGUUGAUUUGGCUAAUGGUGUCAUUAAAGUGACUAACACUGAAAGUAACAAGGAUUUCAAGUUCUUGUACGAGACCAACACCGGUUUGUCAAUCGAGGACAAGAUUACCAAGAUUGCUCAAUCAAUGUAUGGUGCUAAAGAUGUUGAAUUCUUACCAGAAGCUCAAAAGAAAAUUGAGUUAUAUAAGAGCCAAGGGUUUUCAGAUUUACCAAUUUGUAUAGCCAAGACUCAGUACUCGUUAUCUCACGACGCUAAUUUGAAGGGUGUACCAACUGGAUUUACAUUCCCAAUUAGAGAUGUUAGAAUUGCUUCAGGUGCUAACUACUUGUAUGCCUUGGCAGCUGAGAUCCAAACUAUCCCUGGUCUACCUACACAUUGUGGAUUCAUGAACAUCGAGGUUAACGAAGCUGGUGAGAUCGAGGGUAUGUUCUGA